AGGCGGAGGCGACGAGAGAGACGGAGGCGACGCGACGAGAGGGGCGGAGGUGACGAGAGGCGUCGCUCGUUGAAAACACAGCAAAGCACAUCACUGGUAACGGAUUUCGCAAGAAACGGACAACGGCAACAGGCGCCGUUCAUACACUCCACAUUUUAUUUUCUCACAUCUUAGUGAAAUGAGGGCAACAUGGGUGCAAAGGAGUCAAGGAUAGGUUUCCUUUCGUAUGACGAGGCCAUUAAAAGAGUAACUGAUGUGGAGUUGAAGCGGCUGAAGGAUGCCUUUAAGAGGACCAGUGGCCUGUCCUACUACAUGGCCCAACAGUGCUUCUACAGAGAAGUACUGGGAGACGGAGUCCCUCCAAAGGUUGCAGAGGUCAUCUACAACUCGUUUGGGGGCACGUCUAAAGGACUGCACUUCAACAACCUCAUCAUUGGCCUGGUGCUGCUGACUAGAGGACGAGAUGGGGAGAAGGCCAAGUACCUCUUCAGCCUGUUUGCCAGUGAGUCUGGUGGCUAUGCGGCGCGGGACGACAUGGAGGCCGUACUACGGGCAUUGGACGGGGAAGUCCCGCCCUCUCUCAGGAAGUGCUUCAGCGAGGGGGAGAAAGUCAACUAUGAGCGCUUUAAGAACUGGCUCCUUCAGAACCCGGAGGCGUUCACCUUCUCCCGUUGGCUGCUCUCCGGAGGCGUGUGCGUCACCCUCACAGACGACAGCGACACGCCCACCUUCUACCAGACUCUGGCCGGAGUCACACACUUAGAAGAGUCUGAUAUCAUUGACUUGGAGAAGCGCUAUUGGCUGCUGAAAGCCCAGUCCAGGACCGGACGCUUUGACUUGGAAACUUUUGUCCCGCUGGUCUCUCCUCCUAUUCACGCUUCGCUAGGUGAAGGUUUGUUUCACGCCUUUGACGAGAACCGGGACAAUCACAUCGACUUUAAGGAGAUCUCCUGUGGCCUGUCUGCCUGUUGCCGGGGGCCCGUCGCCGAGAGGCAGAAAUUUUGUUUCAAAGUGUUUGACGUGGACCGGGACGGGGUUCUGUCCCGAGACGAAAUCCACGAGAUGGUAGCCGCACUCCUGGAAGUUUGGAAGGACAAUCGCACAGACACACUCCCUGAGCUGCUCACCAACGUGUCGGACAUAGUGGAGGGUAUCCUGAACAUGCACGACACGACCAAGCUGGGUCACCUGACCCUGGAGGACUACCAGAUCUGGAGUGUGAACAGCGCUCUGGCCAACGAGUUCCUCAACCUGCUCUUCCAGGUCUGUCACAUUGUCCUUGGGCUUCGACCUGCCACUGCUGAAGAGGAGGGACAAAUCAUCAGGGGGUGGCUGGACAGAGAGGGCAGACAUGGGCUUCACCCUGGGGAGAACUGGUUCCUCAUCUCCAGCCAGUGGUGGACGCUCUGGAAGGACUACGUCAGAUAUGACCGCAAGUCCAUCGUGGUGGAUCAGCCCUCUAUCCUCUCCUCUCUGAGGAAUCCUCAGGCCUCUGCGACCGUCGAGCCUGCCCCCCUGGAGCCAGGGGUAGGUGAAGGUCUGGGGGUCCCCAGCCCAGCCAGCACCUCAGAGGAGAGGUCCCCUGAUGCUGUGUCCAGCGCCUCUGAAGCCACAGAGACCCAAAGCACAGUGGUGACCCCCCAGGCCGGCCCCUCAGCCACAGAGAUCUGUUUUGCCCGGCAACACAACAUGUCAGACAACAACCAGUGUUUCUCCGGGGCCAACGGCCACAUCCCCUCCCUCUCUCAGUCCCAGCUGGCAGCUCAGAGGCCUGGAGCCAUCGACAACCAGCCCCUGGUCAACACAGACCCCAUGAAGGCCCCCACAUUGACCAUGGAGGGAGGCCGGCUGAAACAGUCCCUACAGCUGGUGGCGGGCAGGGACUUUGAGACGGUGCCAGAGCCGGUGUGGAGGGCGCUGUUCCACUGGUAUGGCGCCAACCUCAGCCUGCCACGACCGGUGAUCCAGCAGACGAAAACAGGCCGUGCUGAGCUGGAGCUCUUCCCACGCUACCUCCUCUUCCUGCGGCAGCAGCCCGCCACACGCACCCCCCAGUCCAACAUCUGGGUUAACAUGGGUAUGACCAGCCUGAGAAUGUUCCCCCAGCAUCUCCCCAGAGGUAACGUGCCCUCCCCCAACGCUCCUCUGAAGCGUGUCCUGGCCUAUACAGGCUGUUUCAGCCGCGUGGGCACCAUCAAGGACAUCCACCUGUACCUGUCUCGGAGGCUACGCAUCAAAGACGAGGACAUGAGGCUGUGGCUCUAUAACAGCGAGAACUAUCUGACCCUCCUGGAUGAUGAGAACCACACUCUGGAGGGCCUGAAGAUUCAGGACGAGCAACACUUAGUUAUCGAGGUUCGGAACAAAGACAUGAGCUGGCCAGAAGAGAUGUCCUUCAUCGCCAACAGCAGUAAAAUGGACCGACAUAAAGUUGCUACGGAGAAGGGUGCCACGGGCCUCAGUAACCUAGGCAACACGUGCUUUAUGAACUCUAGUAUCCAGUGUGUUAGCAACACCACGCCCCUCACUGACUACUUCAUCUCAGGAAGACACCUCUAUGAACUCAACAGAACCAACCCCAUCGGGAUGCGAGGUCACAUGGCUAAAUGUUACGGAGACCUGCUGAUGGAGCUGUGGAGUGGAACGCAGAAGAACGUUGCCCCUCUCAAACUCAGGUGGACGAUAGCAAAGUACGCCCCGCGGUUCAACGGCUUCCAGCAGCAGGACAGUCAGGAGCUCCUGGCCUUCCUAUUGGACGGGCUCCAUGAGGACCUGAACAGGGUGCAUGAGAAACCCUACGUAGAGCUGAAGGACAGCAACGGACGACCCGAUUGGGAGGUCGCAUCAGAGGCGUGGGAGAACCACUUGCGGAGGAACCGUUCCAUCGUGGUGGAUCUGUUCCACGGCCAGCUCAAGUCCCAGGUCAAGUGUAAGACGUGUGGUCACAUCAGCGCCCGCUUCGACCCCUUCAACUUCCUGUCUUUACCCCUCCCCAUGGACAGCUCCAUGCACCUGGAGAUCACUGUCAUUAUGCUGGAUGGUUCUACCCCUGUACGGUUCGGCCUGAGGCUCAACAUGGAUGACAAGUACACUGAUCUGAAGAAACAGCUGAGUGAACUGUGUAGUCUGAAACCAGAACAGAUACUACUGGCUGAGGUCCACACCUCCAACAUCAAGAACUUCCCUCAGGAUAAUCAGAAGGUGCGUCUGUCGGUGAACGGCUUCCUGUGUGCGUUUGAGAUCCCUGUGCCAUGCUCCCCCACUUCCCUCACCUCUCCAACACAGACAGACAUCACCCCUGUGCCCAUGGUUAACGGGGUGGGGGUGGCAGCUAAAGCGCAUCCUGAUGGUAAGCCUGGUCUGAUCUCCAACGGCAUGCCCAGCACCAUGGUGCACUGCAGAGAGACCACAGAGAGAAGCCUGGCCAACGGAGGGGUGGGGGUGCCCAACGGACACGUGUCCCCCGUCCAGGACAGCCCCUUCAUCGGGUACAUCAUCGCCAUGCACAGGAAGAUGAUGCGGACGGAGUUGUAUUUCCUGUCCAGUCAGAAGAACCGUGCCAGUCUGUUUGGGAUGCCCCUGAUCGUUCCCUGUACGGUUCACACCAGUCAGAAGGACCUGUACGAUGCUGUCUGGAUACAGGUGGCCCGUCUGGCCAGCCCUCUGCCCCCGCAAGAGGCCAGCAACCAUGCACAGGACUGUGAUGACAGUAUGGGCUACCAGUACCCCUUCACACUGAGGGUGGUGGGGAAGGAUGGCAGCUCGUGUGCCUGGUGUCCCUGGUACAGGUUCUGUCGAGGCUGUGCGGUGGACUGUACGGAGGAUAGGGCCUCGGUAGGAAACGCCUGCAUAGCAGUCGACUGGGACCCGACAGCCCUGCACCUCCGCUACCAGACUUCACAGGAGAGGAUAGUAGAGGAGCACUGUAGUGUGCAGCAGAGUCGCAGGGCCCAGGCAGAGCCCAUCAGUCUAGACAGUUGUCUGAAGGCCUUCACCAGUGAGGAGGAGCUGGGAGAGGAUGAGCUCUACUACUGCUCCAAGUGCAAGACCCACCGCCUGGCCACCAAGAAACUGGACCUGUGGAGACUGCCGCCUAUACUGAUAGUACACCUGAAGAGAUUCCAGUUUGUGAACGGCCGCUGGAUCAAGUCUCAGAAGAUCGUCCAGUUUCCCAGAGAGAGGUUUGACCCUAGUGUUUACCUGGCUCCCCGGGAGGCGGGGCUUAACAGUCUGCAGAGCCGCAGCGAGGGGGAGGAGCUACGGAGGAUAGGAGGAGGAGAAACGGUCUCCUCCAUCUCCGCCCCUGCUGGGUUCCUCAACAUCCUCAAAGCCUCUCCUGCUUCAGGCAGGAAGUCAGCCCCUCCCUCUUCCAUCAGUUGUACCAGCAGCCCCUGCAGCAGCCCCAAGACAGGAGGAGGGUCAGGGAGCACAGGCCACAGACAGACCCGCCUCAGGCUUCCCCAGCUGGGCAGCCGCCACCGCCUCUCCAACAGCAAGGAGAACCUGGAGGGUAGUACUAGGGAGGGGGGCAGCGACUCCGACACCGAGCCCAGGGAGGGAAGACUGCAGGCGGACACGGAGGGUGGGCUCGUGGGAGUGAGGAGCGAGCCGGAGAUGUCCACCACAGACGCGUUUAGCAGCCUCAGUGACGUCAUCGUCAUGAACGGGGACAGCGGUGGCUAUUGCGACGGGCUACAGCGCACGGAGGCCAGUACGGCGCCCAGCACGAACCUAGAGACACCCACCACCACCCUUCUGCACCAAAGAGACAACAGCCUGAAGAACAUCUACAACUUAUAUGCAAUUUCAUGCCAUUCAGGUAUCAUGGGAGGAGGACAUUAUGUGACCUAUGCCAAAAACCCCAACAACAAAUGGUACUGUUACAACGACAGCAGCUGUAAGGAAGUGCACUCGGAGGAGAUGGACACGGACUCGGCCUACAUCCUGUUCUAUGAGCAGCAGGCGGUGGACUACUCUCAGUUCCUGCCAAAGACCGACGGCAAGAAGAUGGCCGACACCACUAGCAUGGACGAGGACUUUGAGUCUGACUACAAGAAGUACUGUGUCCUGCAGUGAUCAGGAUAACACCCUCGACCCACCUACCCCUCAACACUCUGCCUGUGACUCUGAACCGACCCACCUACCCCUCAACACUCUGCCUGUGACUCUGAACCGACCCACCUACCCCUCAACACUCUGCCUGUGACUCUGAACCGACCCACUUACCCCUCAACACUCUGCCUGUGACUCUGAACCGACCCACCUACCCCUCAACACUCUGCCUGUGACUCUGAACCGACCCACUUACCCCUCAACACUCUGCCUGUGACUCUGAACCGACCCACCUACCCCUCAACACUCUGCCUGUGACUCUGAACCGACCCACCUACCCCUCAACACUCUGCCUGUGACUCUGAACCGACCCACCUACCCCUCAACACUCUGCCUGUGACUCUGAACCGACCCACCUACCCCCCUCAACACUCUGCCUGUGACUCUGAACCGACCCACUCAGCCGUACACGUAUGGAAAGGAAAUUAACACAACGCUUCUUCUUCAGCCAAUCACUGGUCGCCGAGAAGCACAAAAUGGUCGUCACAAACUGAACCACUUGUUUUCCAAUAUCGGUGGAUACCCCCCCCCCCCCCUUUGUUGUUUUGAAAGGUUGCCAUGGGAACAACAUUUAAGCCCCACAUAAAGCACUAAACUGGUGUACAUUUAGCCUGAGGACCCCCCCCCCCCCUGUAUGUGUGCUGGAUUACCAUCACAUAAACUGAGAUUGCUUUCCUGUUGUGCAUUUUCCUCCCCUGCAGCCGUCAAAAUAUGUUCCCACGCCUACAUAAUGUCUGGCUCUAUAACUCUAUACAGUAACGGUAGGAUAAAGAUGACUGUGGUGUUGUUAUUGGUAAGGGCUCUUAUGUUCCUUCUUCAGUAGCGAUACUGUCAGUACAAAAACAACUCGUAUUGUUACCUCCACUGUCGCUUGCAUUUCAUUGGCCAAUUGGAACAGUAAAAAUUAACCUCACACACUUCCUAUGUUGAUGUCCACAAACACACACACACACACACAAACACACACACACACACACACGUGCGAGCACGCACUUCAAAAAAAAAUUACGAUCUCCCUUUUAUGAAGGAAAGGUUCCACAAAAUCGAGGUGUUUGACCUAAAUUUGGCCCCGUUGCCAAGCAACUGCCAAAACAAAAAUGUGCAAUUGCUGAUCAGUGUACCCAUUACAAUCGAAUGAGUUUUAGGGGGUGUUCAUUGUAAGUCGUUUUAACUCACAAGCUUGAGUUUAAAUCGGAGUUAUGUUCUGGACAGGUGCCAUAGAGGAUGUUUCAAAGAUUCAUAUAUAUAUAUAUAUAUAUAUAUUUUUAUUUGUUUUCUCUUUCUCCAAAUACUUAUUUUAUAGAGAUUUAUUUUUAUUGUAUUUUUUUAAUGCACAAUUUGGUCCCAUUUAAAGGUUGAUGUCGUCUCCACUGUUUGUCUACAGUACGUUGUAGGGAGCUAGUCUGAUACUGUAGAUGAAUAGGGUACAUCCCAGAUGGCACCCUAUUCCCUAGUGCACUACUUGUGACCUGGGCCCAUAGGGAAUAGGGUGCCAUUUGGGAUGGAUGCUAGGACUGCCUGUCAAAUUACCAUGUUGUAUCUAGUCCUCACCGCUCCACUCUCUCUCAACAAUACCAUGUUGUAUCUAGUCCUCACCUCACAGCUCCACUCUCUCUCAACAAUACCAUGUUGUAUCUAGUCCUCACCUCACAGCUCCACUCUCUCUCAACAAUACCAUGUUGUAUCUAGACCUCACCUCACAGCUCCACUCUCUCUCAACAAUACCAUGUUGUAUCUAGUCCUCACAGCUCCACUCUCUCAACAAUACCAUGUUGUAUCUAGUCCUCACAGCUCCACUCUCUCUCAACAAUACCAUGUUGUAUCUAGUCCUCACCUCUCCACUCUCUCAACAAUACCAUGUUGUAUCUAGUCCUCACAGCUCCACUCUCUCUCAACAAUACCAUGUUGUAUCUAGUCCUCACAGCUCCACUCUCUCUCAACAAUACCAUGUUGUAUCUAGUCCUCACAGCUCCACUCUCUCUCAACAAUACCAUGUUGUAUCUAGUCCUCACAGCUCCACUCUCUCUCAACAAUACCAUGUUGUAUCUAGUCCUCACAGCUCCACUCUCUCUCAACAAUACCAUGUUGUAUCUAGUCCUCACAGCUCCACUCUCUCAACAAUACCAUGUUGUAUCUAGUCCUCACAGCUCCACUCUCUCUCAACAAUACCAUGUUGUAUCUAGUCCUCACCUCUCCACUCUCUCUCAACAAUACCAUGUUGUAUCUAGUCCUCACCGCUCCACUCUCUCUCAACAAUACCAUGUUGUAUCUAGUCCUCACCUCACAGCUCCACUCUCUCAACAAUACCAUGUUGUAUCUAGUCCUCACAGCUCCACUCUCUCAACAAUACCAUGUUGUAUCUAGUCCUCACAGCUCCACUCUCUCAACAAUACCAUGUUGUAUCUAGUCCUCACCUCACAGCUCCACUCUCUCAACAAUACCAUGUUGUAUCUAGUCCUCACCGCUCCACUCUCUCUCAACAAUACCAUGUUGUAUCUAGUCCUCACCGCUCCUCUCUCAACAAUACCAUGUUGUAUCUAGUCCUCACCUCACAGCUCCACUCUCUCAACAAUACCAUGUUGUAUCUAGUCCUCACCGCUCCACUCUCUCUCAACAAUACCAUGUUGUAUCUAGUCCUCACCUCUCCACUCUCUCAACAAUACCAUGUUGUAUCUAGUCCUCACAGCUCCACUCUCUCUCAACAAUACCAUGUUGUAUCUAGUCCUCACCUCUCCACUCUCUCUCAACAAUACCAUGUUGUAUCUAGUCCUCACCUCUCCACUCUCUCUCAACAAUACCAUGUUGUAUCUAGUCCUCACAGCUCCACUCUCUCAACAAUACCAUGUUGUAUCUAGUCCUCACAGCUCCACUCUCAACAAUACCAUGUUGUAUCUAGUCCUCACAGCUCCACUCUCUCAACAAUACCAUGUUGUUAUCAUUUCCAUCAGCUGCUAGAUAAAAUAAUCUGUGGUAAAACACUACUUAAAGUGCGCUGUCAUAAGUAUGAUAUAAUAUGUCAUAACACACUAUGAUGGUUAGUGAUUACCCACGUUUCAUAGCAGGUAUGCUGACAGGUGUUGUGGCGUCUUUUUACCAACACUAGGAAGACUACGGUAGUGCACGUGAAGUAUAAACCAUUGCUUGAUCUGUUCAUGACUUGUGGCCAAAUGUCUGCUUCUCUGUCUGCCAUACGUGUGUUUCCAUGUCGAGAUGGCAGAGAUGUGACAUAGUCAAGCCAAAGUGUUACAUGGAUUCUACUGGCCAAUCAAAAGGCUCACAUUUUAGUGCUCUGAGAAAGAUUAAACCUGAUUGGGGGCGGUUGUCACUAGUUACCACAGCCACAAAGUCCAAAUUGGCUAUCUUGUACAAAUUCAUGAAUCCAAAAAGAUGUGCUUUUUGUUUUUUAUUUUAAGGUUUAGGCUUAAAGUUAGCAGUGUGGUUAGGUUUAUAAACAUAUUUUUAAGAAGAGAAGUUUUAGAAAUCGAUGGGGUUUAGCCAUAAUUACGACAUUGUGGCUGUGGUAACUAGUGAUGACCGAUUUGGUAAGGACGACAUUAUCAGGAGAUUUUAGUUCAGUGGACUGUCAGAGGAGACGUCGCCCUUUUGUUCCAAUACUUGAGAAAUGCGUCCUUCCUACAUUCCUUGAAGUAAUCACAGAGCUGAAGUGGUUGGGUUGGUGAAAAUACCAUGGUGGUUGGUACCCUUCGAUUAUAGCUUAUCCAAUCGCUUAUAGAGCUGUGAUUACCUUAAGGAAAGAAGGACUCAUUUCUAAAGCAUUCAAACAGGCCCAGUGUACUGGAAGAACGCACCUCAACCACUUUAUUUUUAUUUCACCUUAACUUUAAAGUCAUUUGAUAUAUUUUUUUUGGGGGGGGUUUUGUCUGGUUUUUAGUAGCAGCUCUUCUGUAGAGCGGCCA